UAUGUGAAAAUCCCAACUCGAGAAAAUCCACUCUCAUCUGGGAAAACUAAAAAAGAAAAAAAGAAAAAAUAAAAUAAAACACCACCCUUUUCCCAGUUCUCCAUUUACCUUCAUCACCAACCAACCAAACCAAAAGGAAAAAAAACUCAGACCCCGAACCAUGCCGCUUCCAUGGAAGAAAGCUAAGGUGACCCGAAUUUCUCGAAUCGUUGCGGAUCUCCAGUCGCCAAAACGCGGUGGUUCUCUUGUGGUUGAGACUGGCUUCCCCACCUCUCUUAUAGACCUCUUUGUUAAGAAUCGUGAUCGUUUAAAGAAGCCCUCUAACUCUAAGAAGAAGAAAAAGAAGGAUAAUAAGAAGGUUGUUUCUCAUGUUAAUGAUUCGAACCAGGUCGAAACCGAUGCGCCCACUCCUGAUCCGAUCACGGCGAAUUCGGAGUCGGGUUCGGAGAAAUGUUCGGUUCGAGGCGAACCCAUUUGCGGGGGGGUCGAGAAUUUGCCGUCGGAGCCGACGGCGGAGGAGAUAGUCGAGUCAAUUGAGGCUUCCGUACCCGACCCGGAAUCGGCGACCCGAGAUGAGAGUCGGGGCGAGGACGAGUUCGUCGGCGGCGGAGCUCUUCUCAUGGCGGUUUUGAAGGUUUUCUUAGUGGUGGUUCUGGCUCUGAGCACCAAGAAAUUGGUGGUUGGGGUCACAUUGUCUGCUUUUCUGCUCUUGUUUCUCGAAUAUGUUGGGAAAAGCUCGGUUCGGUUCUUGAGACCUUGUUCGAAAAUGGAGGUAAGAUUAAGAUCUAUGGUCAAUUGGGUUUCGAGCUUUAUUUGGUCCGAAAAGGAUUAUUUGGUACUAGAUGUAAAAGACCAAGAACAGAACUAUGCUGCUGUGGCUGAAUUGCUUGAUAGGAUUGACUUAACAUCUUCAAAUGAUGAAGAGAUUGAGGUUUCGGAGCUUAAUAAUGAUCUUUCGAUGAAAGAGAAUGAGUUUUUAAACGAUGGACCUGAACUUGAGCUACUUAGCCGUGACAAGAAAUGGGGAUAUCUGAACAAUACAAGUGUGAAGAAGGAAAAUUCUGCGGUCGUAGCCAUGGAAGAUGGUGAAACUUUUUCCCCAAGUGGGGAGACCAUGGAAAAGAACAAGAGUAGCAAGAGAUCAAAGAUUAAGGCAAAGAUUAUCAAAAACUUAGUGCCUAAGAAGUUGCGUAGUUCAAAGUACAGUAAAAGUAAGUCUAAGGAGGAUAUUGUUAACAUGUUGGAGACCUGUAGUGAAGUGUCAAGUUAUUAUGAGGUUGAAGAACAAGAAGAGCAAAGAUUUGAAAGCAUCAAAGGAAGCUUUUGUCAUGAUGGGAUUUCUUCUUUGGAUGGAGUGGAGGUAGCCUUGGUUAGUGAAGGAGAAGAGAAAGUAGAGACAGUUGUUGAAGAAGAAAAUCCAAAAAUGGAAGGGAAUUGUGUUUAUUUGACUCUGGUUCUUGUUGUUCUGGCUGGUCUUUUUGGGGGUCGUAUUGUUGCCCUUCUGUUGUCAAUCUCUUGGUGUUUCAUGUUGAAACUCAUUGGAACACGAUGGAGAUCCAUUAAUAUGAGAUUGGCCAGGUCCCCUUUCUCAUUCUCAAGCCAAUGAUUUAGUGGGAGGUUUUGGAUUAAGAACAUCAGAAAAAGCUUCAUAUAUAUUUUUUUCAUUACUUGAUAGUAAUUGUUGGUUCUUUCAUGGAAGUGUUCUUCAACUCUUACUGUAUCCACAAAGUUAUGCACAAAGUUAUGACAGAAAUAUCCAACCUUUGGUUGAGGUGUUUGUACCCAAAACUGUAAAAAAAAAAAUUACAGAUACAAAUCAAAGUAUAUAAUAAUUUUACUUUGUUCUAAAUUGUAUCUCAUUUGUUAUUUAAAUAUACACAUGGAUGAAUUCCCUUAACUUCGUA